GUCAGAUGUCACAUGCAUGUGGUUUCCUCAUGGUUUCUGUUAUUCUAACCUCAAAAUCGAGUGUUUCUGGAAAUAAUUAAAUACUGAUUAAGAUUAAAGUGAACACAAUUAGCAAGGUAAAAUCGACAAUGGAGGAAGACGGGAAUAUUCCGGAAGAUGUGGAGGUAAUAUAUUUGGACGAGGACGAUGAAUUUACAGAGGAAGUGAUAGAUGAAGACAUGUUUGAUGAAGAACCGGAACCUGAUGAUGAAGAUUUCUCAAAAAUUACAUUUACUAAACAUUCACAGUCUGUGUUUUGCGGCGACUUGAGUAAAGAUAAUCAACUUGCAGUGACAGGGGGCGAAGACGACAUUGCGUAUGUCUGGUCUACUGAAACCGGGGAUGUUAAAUUGACGUGUACGGGCCAUAAAGACUCAGUAAUUGCAGUUUGUUUUAAUCAUGAUAACAAACUAUUAGCGACUGGAGACAUGUCCGGUAUGAUACAAGUCUGGAACACUAAUGAUAACAAAUUAGUAUGGUGUUACGAGAGCGAUGAUUUGGAAUGGUUAACGUGGCACACGUUUGCGAAUGUCUUGAUCGCAGGAACACAAUCUGGAGAGAUUUAUGUUUGGCAAAUCCCUCAAGGGAAUUGUCACGUGUUAACGUCUCAUGGCUCAUCAUGCACGUGCGGCAAAUUAUUACCAGAUGGCAAACAAAUACUCGCUGGUUAUGCCGAUGGUUUGGUUAAAUUAUGGGACAUCAAAACCGCCUCGGGGAAAUGGCAAGUAUCAGAUCAAUCAAAAGCUAAUGUGACCUCAAUUGAAAUUGAUUCAAAUGGAACUUUAUGUUCAGUGGCGCCUAGUUCGAAUUUAAUCAACAUUUCUAAUGGUAAAUCACUUGGUGCUUUGCUGGUUGAGGGUGAAACGGAUAUUGAGGCUCAUAUAUUUAACAGUGAGCUUAAUCUUCUAAUCACUGGGUCCUUAGGUGGCCAAAUUUGUGUUUGGGAUGUAGCUAAGCAAGUGAUAAGGCAUCAAGCGAGGCUUGAUAGUGGUAUAACAGUAUUGAAAUUGGGGUUGAAUGGGACCGUCUUCAUAGGAUCGACUGGGGGACCAGUUUAUUUAUGUGAUGUUAGGACUGGUAGCCACCUUCACACUUUAAAAGGGCAUAAAGCUAACGUUUUAAGUUUGUGUUUGGCCAAUGAUGGCGACUCGGUUUUAACUACUUCUGAUGAUAAAACUGCAAAGAUUUUUAUCAUCAAUAAAAUAGUUAAUAAAUCUGAAUGACCACUUUUACCACCUGUUUUAUAUGUAUAAAUCAAUAAAUUUUAUAACUGUUAAA